CACGGCGACGUGUUUCUCGCGAGACCCAGAGCUAUCAAACCUACCCGUGAGCCUUUGCGUUUCCUCUUUCCAGCCAGCGCCUGAGAAUGGGUAUCUCAAGGGACAACUGGCACAAGCGCCGCAAGACUGGGGGUAAAAGGAAGCCGUACCACAAGAAGAGAAAGUAUGAGUUGGGUCGCCCCGCUGCCAACACAAAGAUUGGUGCUCGGCGUAUCCAUACUGUGAGAGUUCGCGGUGGUAACAAGAAGUAUCGUGCUCUGAGGUUGGAUGCUGGCAACUUCUCCUGGGGUUCUGAGUGUUGCACACGCAAAACCAGAAUUAUUGAUGUUGUGUACAACGCUUCCAACAACGAACUGGUCCGUACUAAGACACUCGUGAAAAACUGCAUUCUCCUGGUGGAUAGCACCCCCUUCAGACAGUGGUAUGAAGCUCACUAUGCCUUGCCGCUUGGACGCAAGAAGGGAGCCAAACUUACUCCUGAAGAAGAAGAAAUCCUGAACAAAAAAAGAUCCAAAAAAACUCAAAAGAAAUAUGAGGAUAGAAAGAAGACGGCCAAGAUCAGCACUCUGUUAGAGGAACAGUUCCAGCAGGGCAAACUGCUAGCCUGCAUAGCAUCCCGACCUGGUCAGUGCGGCAGAGCCGAUGGAUAUGUCCUCGAGGGCAAAGAGUUGGAAUUCUACCUAAGGAAGAUAAAGGCCAAAAAGGGCAAAUAAACACCUGAGCAAAACCCGGUUACGUCAAAUAAAAAAACUAUUAAAAA